GAGACCCCGCGCAGGAUGGCGCGGCGACGCAGCAGCCCCGGCCGCUUCUCCCCGCCGCGGCCCUUCCCGGACGCCUACAGUUCGGAGCCCGAGGUGGCGGGCGGCGAGGGCGGCCUGCGGCGACACCUCCUGGCGCAAGCGUACCGCGACGAGGGAGGCCUGCUGCUGCCCCCGCCGCGCAAGGGCAAGGGUUGCUCGACGGCGCCGCGCGGCAAGCGGCCCGCCGCCUCUGCCUCUUGCGCCUCCCCUCUGCGCCUGUCCGCUUGGCAGCAGCAGCACCUGGCGCCGGCGGGCGAAGGCUGCGCCACGCCGUGCACCACCUCCUGCACCACACUCUACGGCGGGGACUUCCCGGGGCACCCCGAUCUCCCCGCGCGCUCCCCGGUGGGCAGGUGCACCCGCGUGGAGGAGCUGCUCCGCGACGACCAGUGGGCCAGCCCGGUGCCUCGGCCCUUGGAGUACGGCACGGAUCUCCCCACCGACGCCAGCAAGCCUCCCUCCAUCUGCCCCUCUUCCUUCUCCUUCGCCCAGUUCGACAACAAGGCCUCCCCUCGCCUGGAGAAGAAGGAGCUCCCUCGGAGGGACUGGCAGGAGCCCUGUGACAGCAGCCACAGCCUGGCAGACCUCAUGCACUGUUUGGCGAGGCCGUAUGAGGAGGAGGAGCCUCAGGCCUAUCUGCCCCGUGACCCCAGCGCCCACCUGCACCAGCGCCUCCUGGGCCGCAAGCCCCGCCGCAAGCCCCGCAAGGGAGACCCGCAGGUCAGCCUGCAGGACCUGGCGGACAAAAGGUACGAGGACCUGAUCCCCGAAAGGGACAAGAAGAUUGCGGCCCUCAUGCUCGCCAGGCACCAGGAGGAGGAAGAGAUGAAGGACCCUCAGCUGCAGGUUUCUGACGCCUGGGAUAAGAUGAGGAGGAAGGAGAAGCAGCACAAGGCCAGGGCGGAGAAGGAGAGGCAGUACCAGUUGGUGGACAGCCUGGACCAGUGGCAGAGGGACCGCGAUCAACGGAAAGCCAAGCUCAGGCUAGAGGAGCAGCAGCUGUUGGCAGCCCGGGAGAGGGAUGUGAUGCUUCGGGACAAGAAGUGGAAGAAGCUGGCCAAAGAGCAGGAUUGCAGGCGGAGGGAGAAGCUGGAGAACGCUCGGCUUCAGGCCGAGUAUCGGAAACGGUGCCAGGAAAAACAGCUCUGGGACAAAAGGUUAAGCGAUAGGCGCACCAAAGAGCAGAACUCUGCUUUGUACAAGGAAAGGAUGCUGCAGGCCCUGGAGAAGAGGCUGAUAAAGGAUAUGGAAAGGAAGAGGAGGAAAAUCGAUAUGAAUGACUACAAGCAGACCAAGCACAUGAGCGCUAAGGACCAGGUGGAAGAUCGGGUCAAAGCCGAUGAGCUGUACAAGAGGCUGUGUAUCGAACAAAAGCUUCAGAGGUCCCAGGAAAUCCUGGAGCAGCUGCUUGAAGAAAGGAACAGGGAACUGAAGGAGAAGACUUUAAAGGAAGAAGAGCAGGGCUUGAUAGCCAAGGUAAGAGCCAAAGAGACAGAGGAAGAGAAGAGGAGGCGCAAGGAGAUGUUGCUGCAGAUAGCUGAGAUGAAGAUCCAGCAGGCCAGAGAAAUCAUGUCCAAAAAUAUCCGGGACAGAUCGCAGCGCGUGAGAGAGCUGAACUGUAUGAAAGAACGGAACCACCAUUUUCGCAAACAGAAGCUUGAUUAUGACGAAAAAUGUCACCUACGGGAAAUGCAAGAAGCUUUAAGAAGGAAAGCUCAGAAAAGCAAUCAGAUUCUAAGGCACAAGGACGCAGCUAUCGACGAGUCUAGGAGAAUAGCCAAAGCAUCUUACGACCUUAGAGAAAAAGUGAGAGACCUGAUAAAUCGCAAUUCAUUCGACCAGAUGGCUUUAGAUGCGCAACGUAAUGCAAGCCUCCUUAGAGGCCUGUAAUGAAGUUUAAGGAAACAUUCCAGACUGUGUUGUGUCAAAAAAAGAUGGUUGUAAUGCGUUCGCUCUGCAUUGCUGUACACUAAAGUGAUUUGAGCCUUAA